AUGUCGUUAGGUAAAGUUGCGCUGCUAGUGUGCUGUGCAGUGGCAUUUGUAGCCCACACCAAUCAGCUUAACGAAACACACGCUGAUCUCAACGGAUUACUCUUUGAGCUGCUGCUAACGCACCUGGUUGCGCUUGAGGAACGACUUCAAACCACCCUACACGAGAUCGCCCAAAACCAAACCCAUCAACUGGAUGAGCUGAAGCGACAUAGUAGUGCUUCUUGUGGGGAGGUCGAUUCGUUUGCCAAAAGCAAUACACACCUACCAGACGUAAACAGGAUUAGGUAUCGUCGUGAAACAAUCGCUGGACUCGAUACCGAUCGUAAGCUCGACGGUGAGUGGAUAGUGUUCCAGUGGCGAUUCAAUGGUUCGCUCCUGUUUAACCGCACCUGGGCCGAGUAUCGGGCCGGGUUCGGUGACACACAGGCCGAGCACUGGCUGGGUUUGGAUAACCUACAGCAACUGCUAGCGCAAGGACGCCACGAGCUGUUGGUCGUAAUGGAAAGCUUUCAGGGCGCCACGGUGUACGCCCACUACACCGUGUUUGGCAUCGGAACGGUAAUGGAACAGUAUGCGAUCAAGGUGAUUGGCAAAUACAGUGGCACAGCAGGAGAUUCGCUAACAUUCCAUGUCGGUGCUAAAUUUACAACUUUCGAUCAGGACAACGAUACGCAUGAAUUGAACUGUGCUACGCUGUACAAUGGUGGCUGGUGGUUCAAGAACUGUUAUUCGUGUUUCUUAAAUGGGGAGUACGUCACCGAAACUAAAGGCGUGGAAAAGGGAUUGAUUUGGUUUGCUUUUACCGGACCUUUUAACUCACUGAAGUCUACCAAAAUGAUGAUUCGACAGCAUGGCAUCUAA